AUGACUAUUAUACCAAAGUACGGCGACUGGAUCACCUUUCCUCUUGAGCAGCUUUCUCCUGUAGAGCUCGAGUGGUGGAGUGACAAAACACAGCAGCAGGCCAGAUACUAUGUCGACAAGUGUUGGUUUGGUGACAGGGUGGACAAAACUGAUAGUGAGGACGGUUACCGCAAGGGUCUAGCUCCCAAGGGAGAAACACUUAUAUUUAUUGCUUCUGAAUAUAUAGAACGCAGGAUGCAGGGGGCCCCACAUCUGAAGAAUCUGCAUCUCGCAGAUAUCAUGGAGAAAAAGUACAAAGACAAAGACGCCGCAAGGAACUGGGCGUUGUUGCAGCUCGAUGAAAAGUUCCAUUAUGGGCAAAACAACGGGAAAACAUUCAGAUGGAUCGUAUAUCACCCACCCGCGAUUGCUGGUCGAGAGCGAAAGAUGUAUCAACAUCGUUUCGUUGAAAAUGUCGCCCUAAAGAUCGCGAACCUCGGUAUCGAACUUGCCGGAAUAGCUGUCUCAACCACCACUGGUGCCGUGACAUCUGGCAAAGUCCAGGUCACUGGAAUUGUGCCCAUACUCACGCGCGUCAAGAAUCUCUUUGCAGCCAACAAGGGCCACGCACUACACCAAUUCUCUUCAUCCGAGCAAGCCGUUUCCGAUCCACCCAAGCCCGGGUCCCAAGACCCACAGUCUGUUAUCACCACCACGCUGUCCAACGGCACAGUAGCCAAGGUCCAAGAACCUGUCAAUAGCGCUUACCCUCUUAUCUCUAUGCAAGAACCAGAUGAGAUUGUUUUCCUAGACAUCGAAGACGAAACGCACAAUACACCUUCGCAAACAAAAGUUCCAGCAUCUCAGUUUGGAAAAAAGCAAAUGGGUGUAGGUAACCUUAGACAUGAAGAGCAGUCUGAGUUGGUGGCUCCGAGGAACAUUCAACAUAGUAGUCCUGGAUUUCAUAUCAAAAAGGAAAAGCCGACUUAG